AAGAAGAGUUGAAACUGUAGUUUCCGGUUCCGGGCUAACAGUAUCCUUCACAAGUGGCAAAAUGUUGACCCGAAUUUCGCGGUUUGGGCUGACUUUGCCCCGGUUACUUUAUAAUCCACCAGCCCGGUUGGUCUCCCAGUCUAAAGCGAACAGUGCUACAGGCUCGACCGCGGUGACGGAGCUCCACCCCGAGGUCCAGCAUUCUGGUCACGGUGAGGUCAGCCCGUAUGUCAAGAAUCCGGAAUACCAUGGCUUCUCCAGCGAUCCAGUGGAGGAUGAGUGGAAUAUGAAAGUGGGCUUCUUCUUCGGCAUUUCAGUUGCUCUCGUCAUUGGAGGAACUUUUAUCCACUAUUUACCCGACCAUGGCAUGCGGCAGUGGGCCAGAAGAGAGGCCGAACAUUUGAUUCAGCAGCGCGAGGCCGAUGGUGGCCCUCUCAUAGAGGAGAACUACUAUGACACAAACAAAAUCAUUCUUCCCACAGCUGGAGGACAGUAACCUGUCCACUGUAAUACCUGAUUAUUGUAUUUCACUGAUAAAAAUAAAAUAUGUGUGUUGAA